CACUUGUUCUUUUUUUCAUCACUGUUGCCGCUGGCUUGACGCUUCAUUACUACUUGAGACCAUUGAGUCACUAUGUAACAGCAGAAGCCGAGCUUUCCAAAUUACAUAAUUGUAUGCAGGUGAGUGUUUGGAGCUGAAUGCAGAAAAUUGUAGCAGUGCUUGGUGGGGGGAUUGGGGGUCUGUCGGCCUGUCAUCAUCUGAGCAAGAGUCCUAAUGUUUCCAAGAUGGUGCUGCUGGAGGAAUCUGGGAGAUGUGGGGGUUGGUUGAGCUCCACACGGAGGGAUGACGGGGCAGUGUUCGAGCAUGGACCACGAGGGGUGCGACCUGCAGGGGCUGUCGGCCGGAACACUUUGAAUAUGGUCUCUGAGUUGGGUCUCGAGUCUGAAAUCCUGCCAAUUACGAAGGAUCAUGUGGCGUCUAAGAACCGCUUCUUGUAUGUGAAGGGACAGCUGCACAAGAUGCCGUCAGGACCUGGUGGGGUUUUCCGCACCAUCCCUCCUUUCUCUCGUCCCAUAAUUCAGAGUGUUCUGAAGGAGAUACUGAUCAGUAAAGGGAAAGAGGAGGACGAAUCCGUGCAUGCGUUUGUGUCCAGACGACUGGGUUCUGAGAUGGCAGAUAUAGCCAUAGACAGCCUGUGUAGAGGAGUUUUUGCUGGAGACUGCAGAAAGUUGAGUGUACGGUCCUGUUUUCCACCUCUUUAUAAAGCAGAGCAGUCUCGGGGCUCCAUCGUGCUGGGCAUGCUGAUGGGUUCAGGAGGUGGUCCUGAAGUCGUCCCUUCAGACUUGGCAAAGAGAGCGUCUAAAGAGUCCUGGACUCAGUGGUCUCUAAAGAGGGGCAUGCAGACACUCCCAGAAGCCCUGGAGGACAAGCUGAGGAUGCAAGAGCGAGUGGAGAUUCAUCAUCAUGCCAAAGUGAAGAGUCUGAACAUGGACGGGGGAGGCUGGGAGAUUAAACUAGAUGAUGGGACUUCUUUGAAAGCUGAUCAUGUUAUUUCUACCCUGCCUGCAUCAGCUUUGGCUUCUGUAUUGCCCCCUGCUUCUCAUCCCCUGGCGGAACAGCUGCGAUCCAUCGCUUCAGUUACUGUUGCUGUGGUGAAUUUGGAAUAUGAAGGCUUCAUCCUUCCUGUUACUGGCUUUGGACAUUUGGUGCCUUCCUCAGAAGAUCCAGGUCUGUUAGGUGUGGUGUACGACUCUGUUCCCUUUCCACAACACAAUCAGAGUGGAAAACCGACCACUAGGCUGACGGUGAUGAUGGGGGGAGCGUGGUUUGAGCAGACGUUUGGUAGUCCUGAUUCAGUGACGGAGCAGAAGCUGUUGGAUCGAGCCACCCAGGCCGUGACCUCUCACCUGGGCGUAACCUCACAACCUGUAUGGAGCCUGGUUGCUUUACUCAAGAACUGCAUUCCGCAGUAUCAUUUAGGACACUGGAAACGACUUGAAAAGAUGAGGCAAUAUAUCAGCAACCACAAUCUGCCCCUUACACUGGCGGGAGCUUCCUACGAUGGUGUCUCUGUCAAUGAUGUUAUAUUUAGUGGGCGGACUGCAGCUGAGGAUCUCGUUGGAAAAGUAUGACUUGCACUAACUUGAUUUUGACAGAGUGAGAUGCGUUUAUUGAAGAUUUGAUUGGCAUUUUUGUGAUUCCUGGGAAGGAUCUUAAAAAUGCACUCU